CACUCGUUGUCAUUUAAUUCAAGAAUUUUAUUAAACUCAUCCAUGAAGGUUGUUAGUAAGCUCGCCAGAGGCUCGCUUACUAACAAAUUUCAUGAACUCGUUUAAUAAAAUCUUGUAUUAAAUGACAACGAGUGUCAGAUCCUAUAUAUGUGUGAAAUUACGGUUCAACAGCGCAUCGUUGGAACUUUUAAAACGAAACGACAGGAUCAAACUCCUUGAGCUUCAACUCAGUAAACAGAAAGAAAGAAAUGUUGCCCUGGAAACAGACCUAAAGCAAAUGAAAUAUAAUUUUGAAGUUUACAAACAGACCACAAAUGAUGAACAUAGGAAACAGAUAAGUAAACUAACAUCGGAUAAAGAUGAGAUGAGCAGAAUAGUUAGUGAUCUACGUGAAGAUGUUGCGCUUUAUAAAACAAAAGUACCAGACAUUCUCUCCCGCAAAUAUUUCAACAACGAAGCCUACGUAACGGAUGAACUGAAAAAGAAUAAAGAGACGGUGACACAACUGAACAUCGAGUUGGCAACACUGAGAGAAGACAAUGAAAAUACAAUGGUGAAGAUUGGAAACCUACAGAAAGAGAACGAAGAAAUAAAACAACAAGCAGAAGCAGAAGUGAUGAAAUUACAGGCUGAAAUUCGCCGACUCCGGGAAGAAAUCGUUGGUUACGAGGAAAAAAUCAUUGCAGGAAUUACACUCGAAGAAAGACUGCAGGAAACAAAUGACCGUUGUCAAAAACUUGAAGCAGAGAAACAGGGCUAUCAAAAUGAGAAAGAAGCAGUACUUCAAAGGAUUCGAAAUUUGGAAAGCGAAAGCGAAGAAAAAGGAGCUGAAUUAAGAAGUAAGGAAGAAGAAUGGGAGGCGCAGGGGAAGGAACUGCUCAAGUAUAAGUCAUAUGCUCAGAGAUACAUGAAGAAAGCCGAGGAACUUGAGGAACAUCAAAGUCGUAGCACACCCGGAUCCGAUUCUAGGAGUGUGAUUGGGACUGAACUGAAAGAUGCACGAGAAGAGCUAGACGUGGUACAAUCAGAACUCGGAGAGGCCAAAAAAAAGAAUGCCACGCUGGAGAAGAAAAUAAAGGAUCAAGAACGAGAGUGCCAGGACCAUCUUGCAAAAAUCGCCGAGAAAGAAAACGAAAUAGAACUGCAGAAAGACGACUUCAUCAAACGUCUGGAACGCAAGGAGAUAACUAUCGAAAAGCUAAAAAAGGACCGCACAACUUUACCGGAAGCACAACCCGAUAGCGACGAUCAGAGUUCAUAUCUCAACUGAAAGGAAAUUCCAUGUGUGUCCAAUCAACUAAAUACAUCACUCAUGACGCAUUGUAU